AUGUCUUCUUCAGCCAAUUCUUCCAUUGUAUGGACGUAUUUUAAAAAACUUGAUGCAAGAAAUGUUUCUUGCAACUUAUGCGGGAAAAAUAAUAAAAGCAGCGGAAAUACUACCAAUUUAGCAACCCACUUAAAAACGAAACAUCAUCAUGCAUUUGCCCAACUUACUAUAAAAAAAAGACAAAUAUUAAGACAGCGACACAUAAAGCAGGCGAAAACAUUAAUAAUAUCGAGACCAAAUACUGGACUUACUGAGAGUAACAGCUUCUCUGACAACCAAGAGGGUCUAGUUAGUCAGGUUAAUCACCAAGAGGAGGAUACUCAAAGCUUAGAAAAUAUUUCGGUCUUUUCAAGAUCACCAAAAUUAAAACAACAAACGGUUUUGCAAUUAUUUGAAAAAAGUGCAAGUUAUGAUGAUGGAUGCGAGCGCCAUAUUGCAAUCACCCAAAGUUUAGUCUACAUGAUCAUUAAGGAUAAUUUACCCCUUUCUUGUGUUGAAAAAGAGGGACUACAACAAUUUGUUCGUACAGCAUGUCCUCGGUAUAAAUUACCAUGA